AUGGUCUCUCGAAGCAUCCUCGCACUCUGCCUUGUGGCGGCCGUUUAUGGUCACGGAGACCACGAUGACCACCAAAAGUCCAUGUCCGGGCCUCAUCAGUCCCUUUGGUACAACACGAUCCCAGGUGACGGCGGUACUCAGGCCGACUCUGUAUUCUCGGGCAUUUCCACGUUUGGUCGCCUGCCGUACCAGCCAUGCCUCGGCGCAAAGAACGUCAAGUAUGACAUUGCAUUCAUCGGAGCCCCCUUUGACACUGGUACUUCAUACCGCCCCGGUGCCCGUUUUGGCCCGUCAGGAAUUCGUCAGGGCUCGCGCCGUCUGAACCUCUACGGAGGGUACAAUGUGCCAUUGGCCACAAACCCGUUCAGCAGUUGGGCUACUGUCCUGGACUGCGGAGACAUUCCCGUCACAUCAUACGACAAUACGUGGGCUCUGCACCAGAUCGAAGAGGGGCACUUUGAAAUCCUCUCGCGCCAGCCUGCCACAGAUGCGGCGAAGAAGGGACCUGCGAAGAACGAGCGCACCCUGCCUCGUGUCAUCACCCUGGGUGGUGACCACACCAUCACCCUACCCCUGCUGCGCUCUAUCAACCGUGCCUACGGUCCCGUGUCUGUCAUUCACUUUGAUAGUCAUCUUGAUACCUGGCGCCCCAAGGUCUUUGGCGGUUCUCCUUCAGAAGUUGCCAGCAUCAACCACGGUACCUAUUUCUACCAUGCCGCUCAGGAAGGUCUGCUGCGCAACGACUCCAACAUCCACGCUGGUAUCCGCACGACGCUCAGCGGCCCUAGUGACUACGAGAACGAUGGAUACUGCGGCUUCGAGAUCGUGGAGGCUCGCGAAAUUGACAAGAUCGGCACGGAUGGCAUCAUUAAGAAGAUUAUUGACCGCGUCGGCACAAAGAACCCCGUCUACCUUUCUCUGGAUAUCGACACUCUUGACCCUGCCUUCGCUCCCGCUACCGGCACCCCUGAGACGGGUGGCUGGUCCACUCGCGAGCUUCGCACCAUCCUUCGUGGAUUGGAGGACCUCAACCUGAUUGCUGCUGAUAUCGUGGAGGUUGCUCCUGCUUACGAUACGAACGCCGAGCAUACUACCAUGGCCGCUGCUGAUGCGCUCUAUGAGAUCAUGAGUAUUAUGGUCAAGCGCGGCCCCCUCAGCGCCAUGGUUAACCAGACCGAGGUCUACGAGGAGCUUUGA